GAGAGAACAGAGAUCCAGAGUAGAGAAGACACGCAUCGGAGAAACGGGAAAGAGAAAGUGAGACCAAAUCGGACGAGGAUCGGAAUCGGUCUCCGUUUGCAGCCGCCUAAUCGCCGCCGCCAUCGUUGACCUUCCUUCGUCGCUUUCAGAAUGGAGAAUUGGCUAGGAAAGAAAAGUUAACAAGGCAUCGUUGUCCAACAUUGUUCUCCAUCUAUUCAGAUACUCAGUUGGAUUCGGCUCGAAAUCCAAUUGAGGAAUGGCGCCGAUCUUCGAGUACUUCGUCGUGUGCGGGCUGGGUCCCGAGAUUCGAACCCUGGAUGGGAACAAAGGUUACCAUGGAGUAGGCGUUCUGUACUUGCCGUCUAUGCUUGACCAGUACCCGCCGGAAAAUCAUACUCUAUACCCUCCCCCUCCACCCCAGCUCCCCACUUGUGUUUUGCCAGCCGGUGUGGAGAUCUUCUCGACUGGCUUUGAUGUAAACGAUCCUUCUAGUUCACCACGGAGCUAUCCUAUUGUUUUGACGGAGGGUGAUGGGUCUAAAAUUUAUGUUAGUUGCAUUGCUUUCCGGGAUCCAGUUAGCGAGGAUAUCGCUGAAGCAUACCGAAUACCUCCUAAUUCCUUUGCUGACAAAUGCAUUUGUCUUGUUUCACGGUCUCCUAGUUUUACUGUCAUUCGCAAUACCCUGGAGGAGCUGUUUGCCCUUUGCUUUUCCUCGGAUGGCAGUAGCAAGCCGUUGUGGGAUGUAAUUGCACAUUUGGUCUCCAAUGUACCAUUGCCUACUCCUGGGAGGGAUCGCGUCUUGUUUGCUAUCGAGAAUUGUCUGCUUUCUGUUGAUCCUCCACCAAAAAACGGUCUUCCUCAUGUUGAUAUAUCAUUUCAACCACUGGUCCAGUGCUUAGAUGUUGACAACUUAAUCGAGCUUUUUACAGCUGUCCUGCUUGAAAGGAGGAUUCUGCUUCGAUCCAAUAAAUAUUCACUGUUAACAAUAGUGUCAGAAGCUAUAUGCCAUUUGAUAUAUCCGUUUAGGUGGCAGCAUGUAUACAUCCCAUCACUUUUUUUCAGCGGAGUAGACUAUAUUGAUGCUCCUACGCCAUACAUGAUGGGUCUUCACUCAGGUGUUGAUACAUCCUACCUUGUGAUGGACGGUGUGGUGGUUGUGGACCUUGAGUAUAAUCGAAUAAGCACAUCAGAGGAAAUACCUCCUAUUCCAGAGCCGGAAUUCAGUUCUUUGCGCAUGGAUAUACUGAAGUUGUUGCAUCCGAAAGUUGUGGGAAUAGAUCAGAUUAAGACUAGCCCAGCUGGUUCGUCGGAACAGUGGGCUAUUCCCUGCAACCAGCCUUGGGGAGAGGAACAAGACCUUCAACUUAGGCUUAUAUUUCUCAGGUUCUUUGCUUCAAUCUUAGGUGGCUACCGCAAUUUCAUUGAAGAUAGUGCAGCUCAGGCCUUCAACAAUCAGGCUUUUUUAAAGAAGCGCUCUAGGUCGACGCAUCAACCUCCAGAUGCGAUGGUUGGAUUCUUUUUCCUUAUUGCACUUGCGUUCUCAGACUUCGUAUCCCAGUUUUUGGAUACACAUGGCUUCCUGGAUUUUCUUGAAAGAGCUGGAAGCCUCGAGGAAAGUGACAGUAAUCUCCUAGACAAGUUACAGGAUGCUAUUGGGAGGGGUCAAAAUCCCAUGUCAAUUCUCCCCUCAUCUGCUACGGAGCCUGAAAUUGUUACCAUAUCAGAUCCAAAUGGGGGUGAAUCAAGAUCAGGUGCUAAAUAUAUUUAUGACAGGUUUCCUUCUAACAUUAGAACAGAAGAGCAGGAGGAGAAGAGGAAACAGAUCCUCGCUGCAGCAAGUGGAGCUUUUGAGUACAUUAAAAAUGCUCCCAGCUCACCAUCUGUUCAAGUGGGGAAGGAAGCUCUUAGUCCCAUGGAGAGGGCCGCGGAGAGAGAACGCAUGGUCCUGGACAUCAAAGUUAAACUGCAGGGCUUAUGGCUACGUCUUCUGAAACUGGGUGCCACUGAUGAUCCUCUUUCCUCAUUUGAGUAUGGCACAAUCCUUGCAUUGAUCGAGUCUGAUGCUGAGGGAAUUGGUGGUAGUGGGUUUGUUGAGUGCAUAAGCGAGCAUAUACAUACUGGCUGGCAGUGUCAAUUGACUGAUGAGCAGUUCAUUGCAGUUAAAGAAUUGCUUAAAACAGCGAUUAUCCUUGCAACAUCACGCAAUGAUAUGUCGACCGUUAGAGAUGCUUUGGAGGUAUCAGCUGAGAUGUAUAGGAAAGACAACAACAAUGUACCUGACUUUGUCCAACGUCAUCUAAUGUCAUUGUCCAUAUGGGAAGAGCUACGGUUCUGGGAAGGAUUCUUUGACUAUCUGAUGGAGCGUUCCUCUGACAAGUCUGCCAACUAUGCUGCUCAAGUGACAUCACAGCUGAUCCUCGUGGCUUCACACAUGGCUGGUUUAGGAAUUUCUGAUACUGAUGCUUGGUACAUGAUAGAAACGAUCUCAGAGAAGAAUAACAUUGGAUACAAGCAGCUUAUUCAACUCCGUGGAUUUUUAACACAUAUACAACAACUUCGUGUUGGUUAUUGGGGAGUCUCGUCUGUAAAGGCCCCAUCCAUUUCAUCUAUGGGAUUGUCUUCUCCUCGCCCAAAAGAUGGCACAGAUGAAAAUCAACAACCUGCUGAGGCUUCUGUUGUUGGAAGGAGCUGGGUUCAAAGCAUGUUUAGUAGAGAUUCUUCAAGAGUAAACUCUUUCGCUCGUGUCCGUAAAUGGACUUCUGAUGGUGCUUCAGAUUCUUCUGCUGCUGGCCAAAAGAAACUGCAAACAAAUGUUCGAGUACUUAGAGGCCACAAUGGUGCCGUAACUGCUUUGCACUGUGUGACAAGAAGAGAGGUCUGGGAUUUAGUGGGGGACCGUGAAGAUGCUGGUUUCUUCAUCAGUGGAAGCACUGACUGCAUGGUUAAGAUCUGGGAUCCUAGCAUUCGUGGUUCUGAACUUCGGGCAACUUUGGAAGGGCACAAAAGAACUGUGCGUGCAAUAAGUUCUGACAGAGGGAAGGUGGUAUCAGGAUCCGAUGACCAGACUGUUAUUGUGUGGGAUAAGCAAACAACCCAGCUUCUGGAAGAAUUAAAGGGCCAUGAAGCUCAGGUCAGCUGUGUCCGCAUGCUGUCAGGUGAGAGAGUCCUCACUGCUGCUCAUGAUGGGACUGUUAAGAUGUGGGAUGUUCGAACGGACACCUGUGUAGCAACGGUUGGUCGUUGCUCUAGUGCUGUCCUUUGCAUGGAAUAUGAUGAUUCCACUGGGAUUCUCGCUGCUGCUGGCAGAGAUGCUGUUGCAAAUGUCUGGGACAUCCGAGCUGGAAAGCAAAUGCAUAAGCUCUCAGGGCACACUAAAUGGAUUCGCAGGUCUGUUAGAAUGGUUGGAGACACGCUGAUAACAGGUAGUGAUGAUUGGACUGCUAGAGUGUGGUCUGUCUCACGAGGAACAUGUGAUGCUGUCCUAGCCUGUCAUGCUGGGCCAAUCUUAUGUGUGGAGUAUUCUGCAGCUGAUAGAGGAAUUAUAACAGGUUCAACUGAUGGGCUACUUCGAUUUUGGGAACAUGAUGAAGGAGGCGUAAAAUGCUUGAGAAAUGACACGAUUCAUAGUGCUUCCAUUUUGUCUAUCAACGCUGGGGAACACUGGCUUGGAGUUGGAGCCGCUGACAAUUCAAUGUCUCUCUUCAAUCGCCCUCAAGAUCGACUUGGUGGUGUGGCUGGCUCAGGGUCAAAAUUGCCUGGUUGGCAGCUCUACCGGACACCACAAAAGAUGGUUGCUAUGGUGCGAUGUGUGGCUUCGGACCUUGAACGGAAGAGGAUAUGCAGUGGCGGUCGGAAUGGAGUUCUGAGGCUAUGGGAAGCAACCAUCAACAUAUGAUAAUCCCCCCCACGAAUGAUUUUCUGCUGGGCAGCUUUACAGUUUCACCCCAAAAAAAAAUCUGUAUCCGCUUCCACAUGUAGCUCUUGCAGACUGAAAAGGAAAAAGGUAAUCUAUCAGGUGAGAUUGAAGGGAUGUUUUACGCAUUCAAACCUCGAGUUCUCUAACGUCAAACCCCAAGCAUCCGUUGUCGGAUCCAUCAUUGGCACCAGAAAACAUCGCUGGAGCUGUUGCCCCUUGUCGAGACAAUGUGGCUGUCCUCCAGAACAGUCGUCCUCCCCAUCACCGGCUGGUUCAGGAACUGUGCUUGAUUGCUGAUUCGUAACGACACGAUUCCUUAUUCGUUACAGAUUCGAUGGUUUUGUCUGUCAGGAUCUGGGUUUUGCUUGCUUCCCAAUAACAUGUAGAGCCUUGUUUGUAAAGAUAUCGAGCCUCUUCUUGAUUCUUAAUAGGUACAUAGCGUCUUGUUUGUGAGAAUUCGAAGACCUUGUUUGGUACGGAUUUGAGUGCUCGCUUGCCGGAAAUGAUACAACCCCUUGUUUGAAAAGAUUUAGGACUUAGCACCAACGAUCUAAGAGCUUGACGACGACGACGACACGACAGGAGAAAUGCAACGGCACAUGUGAU